CGUUGGCCAGGCGGUACCUUUUUCUGUUAGGAAAUACCCCGUGAAGAUGGAUGUAUGUCUCUGUAAUCGACAGAAGGACCUGAUUGGAGGAUGACAAAAUCAUGCGUUCUGCUUCGUUUCGUCGUUCUGCUUUCACCUUCCAGAUCACGUUGUUUUGUUAGCUUUCUGCACUUUUUGCGCACACACACACACACACGAUACGAUGGACUGCUACCGUCCUUUGAGUUAACGAAAAAUUCUGUGCCUGGCCCCGCUUGAUGCACUAUCACUUCAACGGCAAAGCUGCUUCUUUGAAAUUACUAUCUUGUUCUUUUUUUGGACCGGGCAUGCAUGCAUAUAUAUACGUUGUCGACCUUCCCACAAUUCCUGUACCUCUCUUUCGUCGGCAUUCUUAUUUGUUUUGGAGUAUUCGACGAGCCGAUUUUGCAUACACACAUAAAAUACGUACAUAUACUUAUACGUUGGCACGGGACUAUCAGGACCUACUACCUACCUAUCUACCACCCACCCACCUACCUACCUACCUUGUAUGGAAAGACAACCGAGCCCUGGACAGAGAGAGAAGGAGGCACGCUCAGCACGGAUCCGAGCUAUUUUUUACUCCUCCCCCACCCCCCUUCUUCUUCGCCCUCUCCCCUCCUCCAUCUCCACCUUUCUUGGCAAAGCACAGAUUUUGAGUACUUCUGCAAUGGAUUGAUAUCAUACUAUCCCUCCUCUGCCUGUUUCUCUCACUCUCUCUCUGUCUGCUGGGUGUGUCGACUUUUCCUCUUUGUCAUACCCUCCAUACAAAAUAGUUCUUGGUUUGAAAUUUUUUGGAUUGAUUUUGUUCUUAUUCUGCCUGUUUGUUCGUCUCUAGAAAGCACGUUAUGCACACACACACACACAUACACAUCUAUAUAUACACACGCACCUACACCCAACACACGUAUACGAGACCCCCCUCCUUCCUAGUAUAUUCACCCCUUACACUCUCCCCCUUCCCCUCCAACAUGAAACACCAAACACCAAAUAUCAAACACCAAAGAUAAAAAGAAAUACGUUGCGUUUUCAGAUAUAUGAAUGAAUUUGAAUUUUGAAAAUUGAAUUUGAAUUU